AUGCCUAGUUUAUGACGUAAUUCAUUAGAGAGUACAUUUAGCCUCAAAAUCUUUAAAAAAAAACUAUUUAAAAUUACCCGCUACAAACUAUCAAUAUGACCAUAAUAUUAUUUUAUUUAAUUCAAUAUUUUAAAAUACAUAUCUGAUAAAAAUAUUAAAGCUCGAAGUUUAUCAAAAUAUUUGUUAUCUUUUUAUGAUAAUAAUAAAUACUCAGUGUUACAAAAUAAUUACCGCAAAUAUUUUAAUACAAAGUAAAUAAAACCUUUUAAAAAAAUAUAUCUCCCCACUAUGAUAAUUCAAUACAUAAUUUUUUUCCCACUUAAUUUUUUACGGCUCUUAGACUGAGACGACUGUGGGCGCAUAAUGAUUUCAAUUGCGAUAUUUUUCUUUGACAAAUAGUCAUUCCAGUCAUCGUAUUAAUUUAAAAGUCGUCUAAAUGAUGAUAAAAAUAUUUUUGUGAAAAUUGCGAUACCAAUAAUUUAAAAAUGUCGAGUUUGAACGGAGUUAUGAAGGCUAUAGAGAGUCUUAAUCAGCACCAGGAUAGUCAAAAUAUCGAUCAGCCAUUAAGGAAAGAUGAAAAGAUGAGUUACUGCUCAGCUAUAGUUUAUGGGAUCAGUUGUCCAUCCGUCAGAAGCGCACGUAAUUUUUCCCAAGUCCUCAGUUUGUCAAUAAAAACAUUACUAGAUGUUUGUGCUGAUGCAGAUUCAGAUGUUAGGACUGUCGCUGACGAAUGUCUCAAUAAAAUAAUCAGAUCGAUAUCUGAUGGGAAUAUUUUAAAAGUUCAGUUUGAAUUUUAUAAUGAAAUCCAUAGAAAUGGAAAUUGUCUGUCUCUACGUGCAGCUUUACGUCACUUUGGUCUUCUAAGUCAUACAAUAAAACCUGCCAAAGGGAAACCGUACAUUUCAAAUUUGGUUCCGUGUAUUGAAGCUAUUUCUCGAAGAACUGAAGAGUCGUUAAUAGAAACGUUGUCUCAAUCUUUGCCAUGGAUCCUCAAGAGCUUGGGGAUAUUUAUGACUGAUAGGGAUGUCAAGACUCUACUUAAAGCUUUUUAUCCAAAUUUGUCUUCGCCGCACGCAUUUUUCCGGCGGAAUGCGGCUAAUAUGAUUUUAACGACGUGCAUUUAUUGUCCGAAGCCUAAAAUAUCUUUGUUUUAUGUUCUACGUUAUCUCAUAGAUACACUGAUAACCAUAUCAAAUGUUGAAGAAAAAUCCCAUCUUGUCGUAGGGUCUUUAAUUUGUUUUAGAAUAAUGUUACCUUAUAUAGAUGAUUUAUAUAACGAUGAUUCAGAGUUUAAUACUCAUGAAUUCGAUAGUCUUCUUCAAAUAUACACACUAUGUUUACGCUUUAUCCAAUGGCACUCGGACCACAAUGUUGUGAAUGCCGGUUUAGAAACUUUAGCUCAACUUUUCCGUACCAACAAUCAAGAAUUACUUACUUUACUUACUUCUCGCACUGGGAUUCCCAUCGGUGACAGUAAAGUUGUUUCUGUUCAAGAAACUAUUAGAUUGCCUUCAAAUGAUAGUACGAGUAAUGAAAAUGUAAAAGAUGUUAAUUUAUCAAAAUCUAGUGAAUUGAAUCAUAUGAACGAUACAACUGAGACAAAAACAAAAUUGAAUAUUGGAUCUUUCAAUGAUUCGGAUGUGCCUUUGAAAUAUUGUUGUCGUUAUUUGGCGUCGACAUUUUUACUUGGAGGAACACCAGGGCAGCUGGUUCCUGAUGAGGUGUUCCGAGUUAGUGUUAAAUCACUUGCUCUGACGUGUAUCGGUGCUAUAGUUAGACUUUAUCCAGAUAUAUUUUUUAAAAGACUGGAAAAAAAAUUUAAUGUAAACGAAACAGAUGACCAAAUGGUUUCAGAUGUUCUAUUGUAUGCUGAACAUUGUGAUCCACAGUUGCGCGGAAAUGUUUCUAUGAUUGUUGCUUAUUUGUUGAACACAGUUUACAUAAAGUAUCGAGUUUCGUAUAAUGAGUUUAGGACACGAAUUUCACAAGGUCAAGAAACAGAAUUUCAUAAGUUGGAAUACUUAAUUGGAAUUUUUGCAAAGGCUCUAGAUGAUGAAUCCGCAAUAACCUGUCGUCAAGCUCUCGUAGCUCUUAACAUUUGCCUAUCAUCUCUUCUUGAAUCUCCAGACAGCAUUCAAGGAAUUACGUUAAUUUACAGACUAUUGCCACUGUCAGAUAAUUUGUAUUUCCUCGUAAAAAUGAAUCUGGUUCAGGUACUAAGUGAAUUACCUUACAUCACAAUAAACUAUCUUACCUCAAGUUCUCAAUUUCAAGAGGACGUUCUGUCGACAUUCAUAAAACUACUGAGUGACCAGGACCCGCGGGUCCGACAAGCAGCAAGUGAUGCAAUUGUUAAGUUUGUAGAAGUUGCGUACUAUAAAAACCCAUAUGAAGACGAAGUAAUUCGUAAGGCCUCAUACUGCACAGAGCAACAAUAUUUGAAUCGCGUUAUUUCGACAAAUCAAAUGGAAACUCCAACUUAUAAUGUGGAGUAUAAUUUUUUCGUUAGCGGAUUAAUAGAGCCCUACUCUUCUUUUUAUCUGGACAAAUGUUGCAGUCCGUAUCGUCGAAAAAAAGUCGAAAACUCUCUAUCCAUAGUGAUCAGUCUAUUGGUUGAAAAAUUACCCGCGCACUCGUCAAAGUAUUUGGCCUACGGCUGCUUUCAGACUUUAUGUCAGUUAAGUCAAAGUUAUCCAACUUCUUUGUACUCUGGCGCAUGGGACUGCAAACUCCCUAAAAUUUUGAGUAAAAGAAAUAACUCAAUAUUAUAUUCAAGUAAUCGAAACAUCAACAACGAUAACAAUAUCGAUAUUUCGAUAUUAGACGACCCUCUAUCGCCAAUCAGCGUAAAACUUUUGUCUCUCAUUCUUUCAUUGGUGGUUUCAGAUCCAGUGAGUUUAGACUUAGCGACUCACAGACAUUUGAUUACUUUAGCUGGUAAUUUGCUGUCAGGAAUUUCGUUGAAACAAAUAAAGACAAUUAACGUAAAUGAAAGAAAAGAAACAGUAGAUAAUGGAUUGAAAAUGUGGAAUUUAUUUGAUAGUAUUGAGAUCAAUAAUUAUUUUGAACUUCUAUUCAAACAUAUAAUGAGACUUAUACAGAUUUACGUUCAUGUUAUCAACGAUAUACAAAUUCCAUCUUCAUACAACAAGUCAACUUUUGCUUCGUUUCCGACGAUACAGUCAAUUUCACCAAGAAAAAAAUUAGGAGUCCAAGUAGACCACAAACUUAAAGACCGAAGUGAAAAGGGUCCGGCAAACUCUUCAAAAUUUGGCAAAGAGUCCGAAAGUUAUUUUUACGAUACUCCUCAUUACGUUAAAUUGUAUGACAUUUUACAAGCCGCGCAUUUGAAUUAUAACUCCACUAUUGACACCGACGCGAGUCAAAUGUAUCUAGGAUUAUUGAACGCAGCGCUAGAGGUUUUAUCACAGAUACUGGAAAUCUCCAGCACCUACGAAGCUCGAAAAGUCGCGGAAGAAAUUCUUCGGUGUCUUGAGAGUACGCUCUCCCUUUCCGUCACAAUGACGAUUCAAUGCGUCCGGCAGUUACUCAAAAGUUUAUUUGAAAUGAACUUCAGUGUCCGAUGGAGUGAGUUCGAGGACAUCAAAAGUGUAGAUCAAUUAACGAAAGGAAGUCCGGAAGAUAUCAGAAGAUUGUAUGAUCGGUGUUUUCAAAAAUCAUCAAAACAGAUGGCGGAAUUCAUAAAAUCUAUUGGAAAUAAUUGCCAGGAUAAUCAGUGCGAUGUAGAAAAAUCAAGAAAUUCGAUAACGAAACGAAAAGAUUCGCAUCAUAAAUUAGCGAUGUUGUUUAAAUCAUUCACUCAAUCCAAUAAUCAGAAGGCAUUUUUUGCAACUUUCAUUCGUAUUUUCGAACCGAUGGUUAUAAAAUCUCUCAAUUUAUACACGACUACCAACUCAGUGUCUUGCCAAUGUCAAGUUCUAAGUUUGCUGAGCCAACUGGUACAGUUUCAUGUAAAUUACUGUCUUUUGGAUACAGAUAAGACUUUUAUUAAUUUCGUGCUGAGCCAAUUCUCUUUUAUUGAAGAAUCAAAAAUUUUACAAGUUGAUAAUUUAUUGCCGAAAAUUUUUACUUUCUUCGUUCAUCUGUCGUACGAAAAAUUUCACACCAAAAUGGUGAUCGAAAUCAGAGAAAUUAUAAAACUUUGCGACGGAUUAAUGGCCAGUGGUCAGCCUCCAGCGACUCAUUGCAUUCCUGCGUUAAUUCCAGUUGUUGAAGAUAUCUUCUUAACGCGUUCCAAAUUCUUGACAAGUGCUACAGAUCACGCUGAGUUGGACACAACGCGAGAAUAUUUGAUGUCAAUGAUGCUAAGACUUGUAGAACAUGAUAAAAUACUUGAGCUUUUAGCUCGAUGUCUUCAGAAAUGUCGAUACAGUGAAAAUGGUGAAGAAAAAUGGAAGAAAUGGUCGCGGAUGAUCAUAGACGCAAUUUUACCAGCGUUAUCAUCUGGAAAUAUAAAAGUCGAAUGCGAAAGUGUGAUGACUGCUCUCAUAAAAUUAUUCUCCGUAAUAUCUCCGGUUGUUUUGCGACCAGUAGAUCCUCUACUAAAAAUUUUCUUCAUGGCACCACCGGUAACGGAAGACUCUUUAAUUAAAUUUGAACGAUGGUUAGGAAGAGUUAACGUCAUUUUUUUGGCCCUUGUAUCGUACAACAAAGAAGAAAAUAUUCUUACAAGAUUAUCUGAGUUGACUGCGUCUAUGAAAGAUAUCAUUGACAACCUGAAUCUUUUUGAUUUCCCAACAAUUUACUCCGAUAUUUCAAAUCCAUUUGAUGCCGAGUCUUGUCUUCUCUCCCCAGAAGAAAUCUUUGUUUUGUUUAUUUUUAAGGUUAUGUCAAUUUCCGCUAUGAAGAUUUACCUCAUCGUAAACUCCAUGGAAUAUUGUGACAAGUUUAUGAAACUCCAACAGAACAGUUGCCUUUUUCACGAGCUUGUUUUUUUUAUUAAAUUAUGCAUUCAUAUAUUUGAAUCUGGAACUUACUGUAAAAUUACAAGCGCGGCUAAGACUAUGGUUAAAGUGAAGACUAUUUAUCCCGUAAAACAAUUGAACCAAUUCAUGUUAGAUGUUUCAAAAAGGCACAACCCGUUUCUGGCAAUUCAGUGGGUUCAGAUGAUGGCCAUUUUGGAAUAUAAUGAAAUGAGUUUUUGGUCAAAGUUUUUAGAAAUAAAAUCCCCUGAUGAAUGUAAUGUUAAUAAUAGUAUCCAUAGAUCAAAUAAUGACGAGAUAAUAAGUAUUGAUUCUAAAUUAUCACAUCAAUGUACGAUCAUACUCUUCUGUAAUUACAUCUGCGAAAACACGAAUGACGUCGAGUCGUUAUCUUGGUUGAUAAUUAAUCACAUUGAAGAAAUUGUACAUCUGGGAAAUGAGUCUCCGAUGAGCGACUUCGUGACGGCUGUGAUACAGAAAAAUUCCGAAGUCAGUAAAAUAUUCGUACAAGAAAUUUCUGCAAGAUGUUUAUAUCGUUCUGACCCAUCGUUCAUUAAGAAAUUAUUACAAAUAUUAGAUUGUGCGCAUAAAAGUCUAAGUGGAGAAGUAGUUUUAACUUUGCUGCCAUUUCUUUCUUCUUCUCGCAUAACUCUUGCGAAAAUGUCUGCCCAAAUUUCACGUAAAAGGAUUAAACUUCUCUUAAGUUUAAAUCCUGGGCAAGUUUUUGAACAAUUGUCGCGGGAAAAGUUUUCGGGCUUAAUAAAAAUCCUCAACUCGGAAAAGUUUAUCAAAAAAUAUCGGACACUAGUUGAUCUUGUCAACGUGCUGGAUGUUAAGUUCUAUGAUAUUUUUCCGAUAAAAGAAGAUCAUCAACAUUUCGAUUCUCAAACUUGUAAGCAAAUCCCGUUGGAUAAAAAAUGGUUCAUUUCGCAAGUGAGAUUCAGGUGUAGUCAGGCCAGCCAACCUGUAGAAUUUUCUGAAUGCGCAGAAUUACUGAGUAAUCUUAGUCGUGAAAAUUGUGAUGAAAUUGUAAUGUCUGAAGAAUUUAAUUUGAAAAUUUUACGCGAAUGUAUAAAACUUGGAGUACAAAUAACAUUAAAAGAUUAUAUUAAUAAUAUUGUUUUUAUAAAAGGUGAUAAUAAUAUUCCUGAGCCAAAAUACGGGGACCAAUUAUAUUCCGAAUGUUUAUCUUCCCUUUAUCUGUCUACGAAAGAAUGUUUAUUUCGUCAUGUUCAGUCUAUUAAUGAAUCAAUUCCAAACCCCCAUGUAGUAUAUAAUCCUAUUAUAGAAGAUAACGUUAAAGAUGGAGCGGUACAGUACGCAAUGAAAUUCCGAGCGUUAAUGAAAGAUAAAACUUAUAGAGAAAAACUAUUCGAAAUCAUUCCGGCUGUUACGAUGUACAUGAAAUCUCUUCGGCAGUUCAGUGAUCAAGACAUUUUGUGUAUCGAUGCCACGUUCAAUCAAGAACUUGUUAAAUUUUCUACCCUUUGUCUAGAAGUUAUAAAUUGGAUGAUUCACAGCAAACACGAGUCUAUCGAUUGUUUCAAGCCUCAUUACUUAGAUCUUUGUUUGAAUUGUUCUAUCAAGAUUCUUCAGAACCAAGAUAUUUGCCAAAUAUUUGGCAACGCGAAUCACUACACUUGGGUCUGCUCUGCUGUUAAUGUUCUCACAAAAUUAGUAGAGUUUUGGCAUUCGCCGAAAAAGUCAUUCAGUUCAACCAGCAGUUAUUUGAGCAAACAAGAAUGUUUGCCAAAAAUAGACAAGGGCAGUUUGGUAGCAGCUUUGGAAAAUGAAUCUACAAAAGUUUUUGCCGAUGCCUGUCUUCAGAUGGCUAGUCUAAUUACUUGGGUGGAAAAAACCGAGUUUAAAAAUAAAGAGAAAGUCAUUCCUAGUUUUGUUAAAAAUUCUAUAAUUACUCUGGUUGUGAUAAUUAGUCGUCAAGAAUUAGUGAACUCAUUUGCCCUUACGCCUCCACUUGUGUGGAAACAUGGCUGGCAUAUUCAAGGGUCCGGUGCCACAAUGUGCCAUUUUCCUCUAUUACUUUCUACUACGGAAUCAAAUUUCUUACAAGAAAUGAAUGUGUUACGUCAGUUUGUUCAUCGGAUUACGUUGCUUGGAUGGACAUCUCGUCAUCAGUUUGAGGAGAUCUGGAUGGCCCUUCUCAGCGUUUUGAGUGCAUCGUCCAGUGAAAAUAAACUAGUAAAUGGAAUCGAUGAUGUAGCGAAUAAUGAAGCUACGAUUCUUGCAGUGCAAGGAAUCACUAGAUUAUUAAUGCAGACACUACUACUUCUUUAUCCAGGGUAUCCAAUAAAUAGUAGUAUAAUGCAUCACACUCGUGAUCGGCCAUUAUCUCUAAAAAAAACAGCAUCAAAAAGAUUAUAUGUCGUGCAAAAUCUUCUUUCAUGCCAGUAUGAGUACAUGAAGGAGUUCAAUAUGUCCGACUGUUUGUUUAAAGACGUCACGAAACCUCUCGAUUGCGAACAUUUAUUUACACGAGGAAAUAUUGAACGGGACACGGUCAAUAAUGGAUAUGAUUAUUUUUCCUACAGCCAACUUUCAGUCCAGUAUUUGUGGUCUUCAUGUUCACUUCACGAAGACAAACUUUCAGCAUCAGUUCUCAAACUUAAAGAUAAAAGGAACCAGUCACUCGAUAGUAAUUAUCUUGAUUUAGACUCAUGUGUCAGAUUUCUAAUUGAAUUUUACAGCCGAUGGAUGUUAUCAUACGCAAAUACUUUUCCUAGAUUAUUGAAUGAAGUAGUAAAAAGUAUUGUUGCUAUUUCUGAACUUUUUGUCGAAAGAAACCAAUUUCAAUGGAUGUUUGAUACAUGCUGGGAAAUGAAACAGUUUCAUCCAAUUGACGAUGAAAUUUUGCACCACUCAUUGAUUUUUGCUAUUUGUAAAGCUGCGGCUGUUUUGAUUCCGCUAGAUAUUGAGAGUUUGGAAAAAAUUAAACAAGUAAUUGAUCAGGGUUUGAAAUUGACGUAUUUUCCUUGUCAAGUCGCGACUCUUCACGGAAUUUUGUAUUUAUUACAAAGCGCAGUGCAAGCGAAAUGUGAAGAAACGAUUAACGUGAUUCAUCCUAUUGCUGUUAAUUACAUUCAAAAUUAUGUAGACGCUAAACAAUUUAGCGAUGUCACUCUAAAUCAAUGUGAGCAGCAUCAGCAAAUAGUUUGGGCACUGAUAUAUUUUCUUCAUGAACACAUAAAAGAAACUACAUCAGACAUAGAAUCGUUAGCGGUUUUAGAAUUGGCUUCAACACUGACCACUCUUCCCCGGAUUCCUGUCGCGCUUCAUCGAACGCUUGUUCAGGGUUUCGAAAGACUCAUCGCGACGAGAAAUGUCACAGGACGAGAAGCUGACCAAAUAGUUAAGUUGUCUUUAGAAAGAUUAAAGCAGCCCAAUAUUCUCUUUGUCAUACCCGCUCUGAGACUUCUUUUGACCUGCAUGUAUACUGAAGCAGCAGGCCGUAUUAAUGAAACAACCACUUCAACAAAUGAACAAUUACUUCUUAACAUUAAUCCUGAAACUCUCAUGAUGACGAUAGAAAAAACAUCAGCGAUAUUUGAUAGGAUAAAAAGAGGUUAUCCGGGCGAAGUAAAGAUACUUUGCUAUGUUUUAACAGAAAUUCUUGAAGAUUUUUUUCCACCUUUUGAAAUACUUACGAAAGUCAUAAGUGAGUUUUUAUCGCCGCAGCAGCCACAUCAAAAAUUGAUUGCGAGUAUUGUUUCUAAGAUUUGUGAACGGGUUGCAAGCAAUGUCGAUCAACUAACAUUUUUUCAAGAUUGGGUUAUAUUCAGUUUACCCAAUUUCAUUCAGAGUUUACCUGCGCAGACAUUUACUUGGUGCUUGUCGUGUUUUUUCAUCAGCGCAUCAACGAAUCCAUGGCUCAGAGCAUUAUUUCCUUAUAUACAAUCAAGAAUAGGCAAAGACGAGUGUGAAGAUAGAAACAUUUUAUUUAUUUCAUCAUUGGACUUUUUUCAAAAGUUAUCGAAUGAAUCACAGAAAGAAGCUUUCAUUUCAUGCUUCUCAACCGCUGAUACAGAACUAACAUCUCCUUUUAGAGAAAUUGUGACAUCUUUACAAAGUAUUAAUAAUUAAAAUCUUCAAUGAUAAUU